AUGAGUGCCCAAGAUAAGUUUUGUCCUACUACAGGACAGUCUCAUAACUGUAGCGUUCGAAUUCGACCUCUCACACCUACACGAAUCGUACGAGACGAAGAAGAGAUAAUCUGUCUGGAGGAUACACCUGAGAGCGCGAAGAAAGGAAUGUUUAUCUCUUCUGUACGAGCUGCUUCACGUACACCAGCAGAAUCAGCACGUCAGCAGUCAAUCCAGCGUACAUCUUCGCUUCCUGUUCGAGGCCAUACAACAGCCAAGCUCUCUAUUCUUGUGAUCCUCUGCUUCGUACAAUAUGAGGUGAUUAAUAAGCGCAAGCGAAUUGAUAGUAUUGAACAGCCACAUCGGACCCAGAUACAGCUUCAGAACGCGCCUCUUACAAGCCAUACUGAGUUUGUUAAGAACAGCCUCCUCAAAGAGCUCGUACGAUUUGAUUCCUCAAUCACUGAAGGCUAUUCUGAACCAUAUCUUGUCGCAGAUGUUGGCAAAGAUUAUGUCACACAUCUUCCAAAGAGUGCUGAGGAUUAUCGUACAAUUAAGGACUUGCUAGAAAGUGGAUACUUCAAGAAGGGCAACCAGGGCACGACUCUGUACCUAGUAUAUGAGGCAACUAUAGUAGCUCAGGAUGAGAUCUUUUCGUACGAACCCCCCACCAAGCAGACUAAGGUCAAGAAGGAGAAGAAGCCAGCAAAGGGGAAGAGGGUCAAGCAGGAAUCAAGCUCUGUCAAAAAUGAAGAGGAUGGAGAAAUGCUUUCGUACGAUCGUAAGCGGGCACUGUCUCAGCUAUCUGAUGUUGAUUCUCAAGUGCCCUAUCAGCUUCGCAGUAUCAAGAAGUAG